AUGAGCGUCGCGAUUCUGUCUCUACUACUGCCCUUAGCGGCGGGUGUGCCUCUCCAGGAACCUCCAGUGGCAUCGCGCCCUCUUACUUUUGACAAGGACGGCAACUUUCAGAUUAGUGUAUUUGAGGAUCUUCACUUUGGCGAGAAUGCCUGGGACCCCUGGGGCCCGGAGCAGGACAUCAACUCUGUCAAGGUCCUGAACAAUGUCCUCGACAAGGAAACCCCCCAACUCGCCGUUCUGAACGGAGACCUCAUCACCGGUGAAAAUGCCUUUGUACACAACGGCUCCGUCUACGUCGACCAGAUCGUCAAGCCCAUCGUGGACCGCGACCUGCUCUGGGCGUCCACCUACGGAAACCACGACAGCGAUUUCAACCUCUCUUCGGCCUCGACCUGGGCGCGCGAGAAAGCGUACCCCAACUGCCGCACCGGACGCAUGGUGCCCGGCCGCAACGCCGGCGUCAGCAACUACUACCUCCCGGUGUACCCGCGCCGGUGCUGCCGCCGACCUGGGGAGCGCCAGUGCGCCCCGGAGCUGCUACUCUGGUUCUUCGACAGCCGCGGCGGCUUCUACUUCCAAGAAACGCACCCGGACGGCAGCCGGGUCGGCCAGCCCGGCUGGGUCGACCAGAGCGUCGUCGACUGGUUCCAGGCGACCAACGCCGAACUGACGGCGCAGUUUGGUCGCGUCAUCCCGUCGCUCGGCUUUGUGCACAUCCCGCCCUACGUGUUCCAGGCCAUCCAGAAGGAGCGCGGCAGGAACAGCAUCGACCCCAAUACGAACCCGGGCAUUAACGACGAUUAUCUUCUCGCACCUCAGGCACAAGGGUGGUGCCCCGACGGCACCAACGACGGCUCCUGCGCGUACGGCGGCCAGGACGUCCCUUUUAUGCGCGCCAUCGCGUCCACACCCGGCAUGAUCGGCCUCUUCUCCGGCCACGACCACGGUGACACCUGGUGCUACAAGUGGGAUCGCCUGGUGCCCGACACGACCGUAACCGGAAACGGCGUCAAUCUGUGCUUUGGCCAACACUCGGGCUACGGCGGGUACGGCAACUGGGUGCGAGGCGCCCGGCAGAUCCGUGUCAACCGCGCACAGCUGAGGAGGGCAAGCAACUGGACCGCGGAGACCUGGAUCCGGCUGGAGAAUGGCGCGACGGUGGGCGCGGUUGUACUGAACUCGACCUUCAACCAGGACAGGUACCCGCCGACCAAGGACGACAAGACAUACUGCCCGACGUGCAACUACACCAUCAUCACGCCGCACCCAAAGGCUAGUGUCGCCAACAAGUUGCUGCAGGAGCCUUCGCAUGGCGAGUGGGAGGCUGGCGUGGAGUUGAAGAAGUAG